AUGGCGUUGCACCAGUUUGACUACCUGUUUGCCAUCGGCACCAUCUUUGCCUUCCUUGAUGCCUGGAACAUUGGUGCCAACGAUGUCGCCAAUUCUUUUGCUACCUCCGUAUCCUCGCGGUCCCUGACCUACUGGCAAGCCAUGGUCAUUGGUUCAGUUAUGGAGUUCAGUGGAAGUAUCGGUGUCGGAGCCCGUGUUGCUGAUACCAUUCGGACCAAGAUCGUCGACGUUGACCUGUUUGAAGGCGAGCCCACCAUGCUGAUGCUGGGCAUGGUGUGUGCUGUCUGCGCCUCUUCCAUAUACUUGACUGUCGCCACCAGAUUUGGUAUGCCGGUGUCCACCACGCAUUCCAUCUUGGGCGGCGUGCUCGGCAUGGGCAUUGCAGCCGUGGGUGCCGAUGGUAUCCAGUGGUGGGGAGGAGAUAUCAACUCCGGUGUCGUCCAGGUCUUUCUGGCCUGGAUCAUUGCUCCCGUUUGCUCUGGUGCUUUCGGUGCCAUCAUUUUCCUGUUCACCAAGUACGGGGUUAUGUUGCAUGAGAACGCCGUUGUUAGAGCCUUCUUCUCCAUUCCCAUUUACUUCGGCAUUACUUCCGCUCUUUUGACCAUGUUAAUCGUGUGGAAGGGAGGCUCCAGCAGAAUCGACCUCAACAACGCCGAGAUCAUCGGUGUCAUCUUCGGUGUCGGCGGUGCCGUGGCGCUCAUUGUCGCCGUCUUUUUCCUUCCCUGGCUCCACAGACGCCUCAUCCAAGAGGACUGGCAGCUGCGGUGGUAUCACGUCUUCCUGGGCCCUCUGGUGCUGCGUCGCGGUGAAGUGCCCCCUGCCCCCGAGGGCUAUGCCAUCGUGCAAAACUACUACCGCGGCCAUAAGACCAUGGAAGAACUGCAGGCUGAGCGGAACACACCGUCGGACCCCGAACAUGCCGCCAAGCAAAGCACCGAGCAGACCACUGGGAACGGCACCGAAAUUGCUAAGGAGGGCAAUGCCACAUCCACAGCCGCAGAAAAGUCGGAGCCGUCCAGUAGUGCGCCCCCAUCAACCAACGAGGAGCCCGCGCCAUUCAGCUUCAUCGGCCCCCGUCCCGAGGGCAAGGGUGACUUCCACCCCGUCAUGCUCUUUUGGCAGUUCCGUCGCUUCUUCUUCCGCGGUGUCGAGAAGGAUGUUGUCAGUCUGCAGAAGAAACGUAACAUCUUGACGGGAGACAUCGAGAUGACGCAUGCCCAUGCCAAACACUACGAUAACAGGGCCGAGUACAUGUACUCUUUCCUGCAGAUUAUGACUGCCGCAACUGCAUCGUUCACCCACGGUGCCAACGACGUGUCCAAUGCCAUCGGUCCCUACGCUACUAUCUACUUCAUCUGGUCCACCAACGAACUGAAAUCCAAGAGUCCCGUCCCCUACUGGAUCCUUGCCUUCGGUGGUGCCGCUAUCUCCAUCGGUCUCUGGACCUACGGCUACAACAUCAUGCGCAACCUCGGCAACCGAAUCACGCUGCACUCUCCGUCCCGUGGAUUCUCCAUGGAGCUUGGAUCUGCGGUGACCAUCAUCAUGGCCACGCGAUUGAAACUCCCCGUCUCCACGACGCAAUGUAUCUCUGGCGCCACCGUCGGCGUGGGUCUCUGCAACGGCACCUGGCGCACCAUCAACUGGCGCAUGAUCGCGUGGAUCUACUUCGGUUGGAUCAUCACCUUGCCCGUCACGGGUAUCGUGGCCGGCUGUCUGAUGGGCAUUAUCAUUAAUGCGCCGAGAUGGGGGAUGCCUCUUUGAGAGGUCUAGCUCCUUUCUUCUUUCGUACCCCCUUCUUUCUUUUCUUAUGUUAGCUCUUUUCGAGUUGUUGAUACUACAUUUAUAUAAUUGGCUACUGUUUGGGUGGUGGUAGUGGAGGAGGAGGGUUGGUUUGAGAUGCAUAGGGUGAGAUAUAUGAGAUGAGACGAGAUGGAUGAAAGAUAUGAAGAGAUACCCACCGAUGUGUAUGUGUGUAUGUGACCUGGGGGUGUCGGGAUGGGGUUAACUUAAUGGACGAGGGAAUAAAUGGCCGGGGAGGAAAAAUACCUUAAUUGUUUAUGG